GGUCAUUGUCUCCCUUGGGGUCCUAAGCUGUGGCUCCAUAAGGCUCAGUGCUGAGUGGAGUUCCAUUUUGAAAGUCAUUUUGCCCUGGUAUUCCUGUGCCCUGCUUCUGUCCACUGAGUCCCCUAUGCUUCUAGCUCAAAGGGAAUUGGUCAAGUCUGAAAACGUAUUUUUCAUGAUACACGGUGAGGGUGAGCAAUAUUUUCAGGGACCAUCUCAUCCCCAAGGGGCCCCGCAUUCUGUGCAGCUGGGCCCAGGCAUGACCUCCGUGUCUCUCAUUGCCUUGCAGGGCAAGUUCCUUACUUCCAAGUUACCGUCAUGCCCUUGCUGACUCUGCCUCGACCCAGACAAGGAGCCAAAAAUAUUUAUGACCUCUUGCCCCGAAGACAAGAAGAGCUGGGAAGACAUCCGUCAAGAAAUAUUCGUGUUUUCAGUACCGAGAGCCUCCUCUCCAGACAUUCUGACAGCCCUCCCUCUGAGCAUGUGCCCUCCCAAGCAGGGGAUGCCCUCCAUGUGCACAGAGCCCAUACUCAUGCCAUGGGGUAUGCAGUGGGCAUCUAUGACAAUACCAUGGGGCCCCAGAUGUGUGGAAACCUCACUCCCUCAGCGCACUAUGUCAAUGUCAGAGCUUCAAGAGAUUGCCCAAGCACUUCUUCAGAGGAUUCAAGAGAUUAUGUCAAUAUCCCCACAGCAAAGGAGAUUGCUGAGACUUUAGCUUCUACCAACAGCCCUCCUGGGAACCUCUUCAUCCUCCCAAGUACCAAGGUGCUGGAGUUGACUGAAGAAAUAGAUGAGGGCUGUGGGAACGCCAGUGACUGCACCAGUUUGAGGUCUGCAGGCACUGAGAGCAGUUAUCCACUCAACGAUGGGGAAGGGUCUUCUCAGACCUCAGAUGAUUAUGUCAACAUGGCAAUGGUGGAUCUCGAGACCAUCCAAGGGAAGCAGCCCUGGGGAACUUUUCAGUGCUGUAGAGAUUAUGAAAAUGUACCACCAGAUCCCAGCGGAAACCAGCAGCAGGAGGAGAAGGAAGCGACAUCCUCAAACACCGACCAUGUAGAGGGCAGGACAGAUGGUCCAGAGACCCACAUCCAACCUGUCAUGCAGUCAGGGAGUUUCCUGGCCUUAAAGGAGUAUGUGGCCUAUCAGUCAUCUGCACAGAGUGAGAACAGUCAGAUGAAACAUGGAGAAGAGAUGUCAAAUGAAGACUCUCAUGACUACAAGAAUGUGUGAGCUGCCAAGGUAGGAGGUAGGGACUUUGAGCAGGGGCCUGACACAUGGCUCCUUCCUGAUGAAUUAAGACCCAGCCACCCAGCUGGAAAGCCACAUGGAGUGGUCUAUCCUGCCAGAUCCAUAGCCAUUACAGGGUCUAGUGAAGACCCUUGACCACCCUUGUAUUUCAGUGGAUUCAU